UGCGCGGAUGUUUCCAUUUAUAGCCGAUUAUCGUUCGAAUUUCUCGUGUUGUUCUUGUCUCGAUUCAUUAUGUUGAUGUAUUUUCUAGACUGUCUGUGAUGUUUAUCUGUGGAUCUAGGGCUGGCGAGAAGGUGUCUGUGGCAAAACCCUAGCGAAUGGGGAGAGGGAAGAUUGUGAUCCGAAGGAUCGAUAAUUCGACGAGCCGUCAAGUGACUUUCUCGAAGAGACGAAAUGGAUUGCUCAAGAAGGCCAAGGAGCUCUCGAUCCUUUGCGAUGCUGAAGUUGGAGUGAUGAUCUUCUCAAGCACCGGCAAGCUUUAUGAUUUUACAAGCACCAGCAUGAAAUCUGUGAUAGAACGAUACAAAAAGUUGAAAGAGGAACAGAGUCGGCUGACGACUCCUACUUCAGAAGUCAUGUUUUGGCAAACGGAAGCAGCAAGCUUGAGGCAACAGCUACACUACUUGCAAGAAAGCCACAAGAAACUGUUGGGAGAAGAACUUUCUGGUUUGAGUGCCAAUGAUCUACAAAAUCUGGAAAAUCAACUGGAAAUGAGUUUGAAAGGUAUCCGCAUGAGAAAGGACCAAAUUUUUACUGAUGAAAUAAACGAACUUAACCGGAAGAGGAGCCUCAUUCAACAAGAAAACAUAGAGCUAAACAAGAAGGUAGACCUAGCACGUCAAGAGAAUGCAGAACUGCAAAAAAAGGCUUAUGGAACAGAGGGUGUCAACAAAGGAAGUAGAAGCUCCCAAGGACUCCUUAAAUAUGAUUUGCAUGCUCCCUUCAGCCUCCAGCUAAGCCAGCCACAGCCUCAGAAAAAUGAAACAAUAGCAAAAGCAAUGAAGUCGGGGCUACAACUGCAUUAGUAAAGGAGCCUGACAAUUGUGGAGGGAUGUCAGGCUGGCUGUCAGUGAAUUCAACACUGACACUAGGCUUCUUAUCAUUAAGACCAAUGAAUGAACGGCAUGACAAACAUUAAGCCUAAUGGCCAUCAGAUUUGGUAUGACAUGAUCUAUCGAAACAGCUUUAAGAAGGACCAUGAUGUGAUUAGCCAAAGAACAGUUAUCUAUGUAAAGUUGAGCAAUAAAUGGAAAAAAAGACCUGCAUAAUUUAUAACUUUAGGAAUUGAAGGAGAGAGGAAACUAAAGGAGGUACUUAACAUGUUUGAUAACAAUGGAGGUUGUCAAAGGAUGGCAUCCGCUUUUCCAAGGGAUGAAGCAAGGGGAUAGGGUGGAUAGUUGUCGGGAGAUGAAAGGGAAGAUUCAUCUUUUCUUUCUCUAUUUAUUGAGUUUUACAAAUUUGGAAAAUUUGGGUUUCUUGUUCAUUUUUCUUUUUCCUGCUUUAAAAGACCCCAUUUUUCGAUUCUCUCUAUGUAGGUGCAAGUCAACAAGUAAGUUUUAAGGUAAAUAAAACAACACAUUGUAUAAUAAAUUUAACUCAACUUUAAAUUUAAAUGUGACAUAGAAGAUUCUUUCUCUGCAGGUGCAAGUCAAUUCUGGCCACAAAGAUUGGAACCAUUUUCAAUUAUUCUACAAAGGGUUCGACUCUCUCUCUCUCUCUUGAACAAUGGGUUCUCUCUCUCCUCUGCUAAACACUGAUGUGGCUAAAUCAAACCCAGCUUUAGUUCCACUAACGCAUUGUGGUUUUUUUCUAACAUAACGGGGUCUUUGGAAACAAGUAAAGCAGGAGGACCUGAAAUGGUAAAAGUAAACUAUAGAGGAUCUCCUUGAAAAUGGCCCAAAUCAUAGGGAGUCUAGGUGGAAUUUAUCCAAAUGUAUAGCAACUACUUGAUACAAAAGAUGGAUAAAAUAUAUACAUAAAUAUAUAUAUAUAAACUAGCUUAAGCAAGAAAAAAAAAAGAAUCAAAUAAAAUGAAAUGCAUAAAACACAAAAAUAAAAAGUAUAAGUAAAUGUCGAGGCGAUCAAAGACAAGUUAAAGUAGUAUUUCUUGAAGUUAUUCAAUGAAGUUGGAGAAACAAGUGUGAUAUUGGGGCAUCUUAGUAACUCUAAAGAAAAUAAGAAUUAUAUGUUUUAUAGAGAAAUCUGUCUGGAUGCCAUAAACAAAGAAUUGGAAAACAUACAAACAUACUGAAUAACAUAUCAAUAGAAGCAUGGAAAUGAAUGGGAGAACAAGGCAAUUUUUUGCAAACGAAAUUAUUUAAUGUUAUCACUAAAUCAAAAGAAUAACAAAGCUAUAUACUUAUUGAGGCACCUAAUGAAAAGGUAUAGAGAUAAACAACUGGAUUUACAUUUAUAGAUUUUAAAAAAAAAUUGUGACAAAAUUCCCAAAUAAGUCUUGAAGAGGGUUAUGGAAAUGAAAGGAGUUUGAAUUGCUUUUACAAGUUAUUAAAAACAUGUAUCUUGGAGCAAAAACACAUGUUGGAACAUAUGGGGUUACUGAGGCUUUUCCAUGGAAGCUAUCAUUAAAAUCCAUGAAUUUUCAAAUUCCACAACUUCUCAAAACAAUACCUAUGUGUCUUUUAACUCUAGGAACACAUAACUUAAGAGUUACAUUUGACUUACAAACCUACUACAAUAUGACUAACAACGAUUCUAUUAUAGUCAACAAUUGUCAAUCAAGAAUAUCAUUAUCUUAAUUUACCUUCUUUUAAACUUCUAAUUUGUGAUGUUUAUACUUAAAACAUUAAAGACAAUGGAACUAAAAAAACUAAUUUAACUAUAUGUUUACACUUGGAAAAGAGAACAGCCUUUGUCAUAAUAGGCAUACUCAAAUUCAUGUACCAUUCCAAUAAAAUGCUAAUCACAAAACAAACCCACUAUGAUCCAACAAUAUACAUAGCUAAAAAUCUAUGAACAUUCCAUUCCACACCAAAUUCUCUUGAAAUUUCAUACAAUCAGCCAUGGCACCCCUCCCCCAACACAACGCGCGCUCGCGCGCGCGCACACAAAAUAAAUGAUAAGAGCCAAAGCCAUAGGCACAAAGCGAUUUAAAACCAAGCAAACUAAAAAGGCCUUCAACAUAAAGUAAGUCUCAAUAAAGUUAAGCCUCAUUUUCUGUCUAUACAACAUCAUAAAUUUAAUAGCGGAAGAAGAGUACUGAAAGUGCAUUCUGGUUUCUUAUGUGCAAGCCUUCCCCGUGUACCAUAGCUUCACACGUCAUAAAUUAUACUUUCUAACUUCCUAUUGCUUUUCACCCUUUUACAACUCAAAUUAAUAAUCCACGGACGGCUACUACAUAAACAAAAUGAUGUUGAACCCCUAACAAGCACCAUCUUUAAACCCAUCCCGACUACUUACCAAAAAAAGGAGGUAUAAAACCAAUAAACCGUGAAUAUAAAAGUGAAAGAAGGCGAUAAGCUUUAGCAAUCAAGACGAGUAAAUGAAUCAACAAGUUCGCAGUGCCGAGGAUCUAGGAAUCAAGACUAGAACAAAAAAAUGUUAUAAGUACAUAAAAGGGGCAAAUAGAAUCUCUAUGGUCACCUCGC